AUGUUUCUAUCAGUUUUUUUCUUUUGUCUUCUAAUAACAAUCACAACAUCAAUAACACCAGUGCCCGGUACUAUUCAUGUUCGAUUAUUACCUGAUAAUCAAAUAACAAGUGGAAAUUAUCGAGCAUCAUCAACUGUUCAUUAUACAGUUGAAUUUGAAAAUGUACCAAUAAAUGAUAAUGUUCUUAUUGGUAUUGAAAUUCGUGGGUCAAAUCCAUCAGGUGGACCUCGUGGUUAUAUAUCAGGAGCACGCAGUGUAAGUACAAUCAAUAAUUUUAUAAAGGAAACAAAUAAUCGUCUUCAAUUUAAAUUAUUACCAAAUGAUGUCUUUGCUGGUUAUAGUUGGUUCAUACGACCAUUUAUCUAUUUUGCUAAUGAAUCAAUGGUUUCAACAAACAUGAUGAAUUCAGGUUCAUCAGAAAUGUUUAAUGUUCUUAAACAAUAA